AUUCUCCAUUAGUUCCGAUAACCCCCAUUGUUUGGUAACAGACCGAGAUCUUUGUUCUGUUGUCCUGCGUUGAGACGGAAGGUGCUUUUGUGGGCUCUUUUACAUGGAGGAAGGCAGUUAAGGAGAAUUAGAAGGCAUCCAGUGAAGCGGAUGUUUCGUGGUGAGAGCGACCUGACAAAAGAGAAAAAUGAAUGAACCAUGGCAUUCGUUCUUCUGGGUCUUCUUGGAUCGUUGAUGGUACAUGUAGCAACAGCAGAAAACUAUUAUUUUGAUAUUGUACCAGAUUCCUUUUCCUGUUCGUAUGGGGCGGAUGUUCGGCAGCGGCUGCAAAGCUUCAAGCUGUACUGCAAAGAUUACCGGGGCUGUGGACGAGGAGCUGGAGUGUUGGCAGACAAGGACGAAGAAACGAGUCCAUCCUUUGUCCAUACCAUUAUUCAUGGCUGCCAUAACUUGGACCGUCGUUGUACCCAGACCGAAUUCGACGGUCUUAUCGAGUUAUGUGAAACGUUGGUACCGGGUCAAGCGGCCGACGGAGACACCUUUUGUUCGCGACGGAAUCGAUUUGGGCUGACUCUGCCACAAUUCCUGUACAAACCCUUGCGAACGAGUCUCAACGAUGACGAAUCAUCGGUCCUUGUGAGCACCACGAUUGAUGGAGGGCAUUUUUGUAGAGCCAACUACACGAUAACCACCGAAGAUGAAGAGUCCGCCAUGAUUUUGGAGUACACAUCCGCCAUUGUUCUGGGAGUUGCCUUCAUGUUAGGAGUUGCUAUGAUCAUUGCUCUUCUACAUCAAAACAAGAAAGAGCUCAGGGAUAGGGAAUAUGAUAGGGAGCGUGAGCCCAACAGCAACUAUCUUGAGAUAUCCUGGUCCAAACGAGGUGUCAAAUAGGCAAAUGAGGGGAUCAAAUGGGUGGAACUUUCUGCUUCGUUCUAGCAGACAAGGUUGACCUCUCAACGGGAUCACUGAGAGGACCAAGUGUUGCAGGUUCAGAAUGAACGCAACCUGCAAUCAGCUUCCAAAAUUGACCUCUCGUGAGGUUAUCAAGGAACUACCAAUUGUAGUUGUGUCAAGAGAUCGGACACAAAGUCACCAUGAGAGGUGUGCGUUUCACGACUUAGACAACAUUGAAAAUGGGAGCAAGCAGAUAACCAAAUCAUCGCAGCCGACAAAUGACACACAAUUCACUUACAUUUACAGGGAUACUGGUGGUUACAAGGAAUCCUGAGCUGAAGAAACUCAAAAGAAAACAGUUGUUGGCUUUGAAAGCUUGCCAACGGCACAGCUUGUGGCGAGGGAUAGAUCACAAUUAAUAGCUUUGUCCAGAAGCGGGUAUCCGACAAGAGGAUGAUUGAAUCAUUCCUCAAUUCCCUUCUUCCUCUCUCCUUGGAAGCUACCGGUACAUGAAGUAGCCAGUAACUCACUUACCACUUCAAAUCGAAGAUAGAAAUUGGUGGUAGCUCAAGCCCUUGCUCACCGUCUUUCGUGAGAUCUCAAUGGCAACGGUUGAAGAUUCGACCAUUCAAUUGAUCAUUCGUUGGGUUGUCCCACGUGGCGUUCAUACAGCUCCGCCGUUUUGCUCU